CUUGUUAUUUUCUUGUAAUAACAACUUCCUGGUAGUUAUAGCAAAUUGAGGGUUUCUUCUCUCAUACAGAAAUUUCACCAUUUAUAAGUACUUUAUUAAUAUACAUGAGAUUUAUUUUGCCAUGUGUUAAAGUAUUGUUAAUAAAGUAUGGCAAUGAUCCGAUCCGGUAUCCGGGUCAUCCAGGGUCCGGACUGGCAGAGUAGGAGACAAGAUGGUGGACUUGGCCAUGCUGGAACUAUAAUUUACGUACCGAAGGAAGGGUCAUCAGACGACAAAGUGACCGUGAUUUGGGACAACGGACGAGAGCUUCGCUAUAGAGCGGGAAAAGAUGGGAAAUACGACUUGAGGGUGCUAGACAACGCUCCAGUGGGGGUAAGACAUACAGGUAUAACAUGCGAUGUCUGCCAAGAGACUCCGAUUAUUGGGUUUAGAUGGAAGUGUUCGUCCUGCGAUGACUAUGACCUAUGCACUCCCUGUUAUAUGUCCGGAAAACACGACAUCAGUCACAGCUUUCUCCGCAUGGAUGUUGAAAAUAUUGGAGCUGUUCCAGUUUCCCCAAGAAGGUACGCAAAACCUAAAGAUAUACAAGGUGUGUUUAAAGGUGCGACAGUUAUGCGUGGACCUCAUUGGAAGUGGAAAAACGAUGACGGAGGUGGCGCUGACGACGGGGAGGUUCUUGACAUUGUUUCGUGGCAAGGUUCCUCCCCAAGGGGCGGAGUCAAGGUUAAAUGGAGAGCUACAAAGAAAGAAGGAACAUACAGAAUGGGCGGAGAUGGAUGUGUGGACGUCAUAUACACGGAGGAGGCAACUUUCGGGAAAUAUUAUAUUGAACACCUGCCUCUUGUUGAUAUUGUUAAUCCAGGAGAAGUUAUUCUAAAGAACAGUGACAAAGUUAGGGUGUCUUUGGACAAGGACCACUUUAAAAGACUUCAGGAGCACGAGGCUUAUGGCGGAUGGAGUGAUAAAAUGAUGCAGUGUAUCAACGAGGUGGGAACUGUGGUGAAAAUGUUGUAUGACGGUAAAGCAGCCCGUGUACAGUAUACGGACGGUCAGACUUGGACCUUAAACAGACAGGCUUUAUAUAGGCUGCACAGUUUUUCCCCGGGUGAGGUGAUAACUAUACUGGAGGAUGAUAACACCGUGAGAGAGUUACAGGAGGGACAUGGUGGCUGGAAUGAUGAAAUGAAAUCGACAUUAGGUGCUAUCGGCCGUAUUGCCCGUAUAGAUUCUGAUGGUGACAUCAGAGUGAAGGUCGGAGACCGGGUAUGGAUCUAUAGCCCAGUGUGUUGCUGCCCUCUCGAGGACCAGUCCCUAUCGAAAAAAGCCCCGGACCUGACCAAGUCUGAAAUGGAGCAUGGAGAAGUGGACGAUCUGAAACAGAUGCAGCGAGAUAUGGAACGUGUAGCCGGUGCCUUAGCGGAUUUAUUUGUCGGUCUUCUUCGAGGUGUUCCGGAUGAUGAUAGCGGUGAUAUGUCCGUGGUUGAAGCGGCCGCUAAAGGUGACAUCGGCCGUGUGAAAGAUAUAGUUCGCCGAAGUCCAGACAAGGUAAAUGCAAAACAUGAGAACAAGACUGCGCUACAGUUGGCGUGUUACGAAGGAAAGAUGGAUGUUAUAAAGUUUCUGUUGGACAAUAAAGCUGAUGUUAACAUCAGUGAUGAUGAAGGAGAUACUGCCCUUCAUUAUGCUGCUUUUGGACAAGAAGAGGGAGCACUGGGGCUGUUAUUACAAAAAGGAGCAAAGCUGGACAUGCAGAACAAGAAAGGGCAGACAAGCCUACAUAUCACUGUAGGCAAGGGUUCUGUCCCUUGUACAAGACUGUUGAUCAAGCAUGGUGCCUCUGUGAACUUGAGGGAUGAGGAUGGUGACAGUCCAAUGCAUGACUGUAUUAUACAGCGGCGCAAACAGAAUUAUCUUAUAGAUGCCAUAUUUAAGUCUCCGAGACCAGACUUUACAGUGAGCAAUGGUAAAGGAUUUAACGUGUUACAGUGGGCCGCAUUAAAAGACUGUAGAAGGGCCGCUGAAAUCAUCAUAUCAAACAAAUCGUCUGUGAUUGACCUGAAAAUGCCGGAAGGUUUCACGGCUCUACAUAUCUGCGCUGCCAACGACCAUGUGGAAAUUGCGAGCGGUCUUUUGAAGGCUGGAGCAAAUAAAGAUGCGCGUGACGGGAGUGGUAGAACACCACUAAUUGUAGCUGUCAGUCAAAGUCAUAAACGUACUGUGGAAUUACUGUUAACUUAUGAUUGUAAAGUUGAUGCACAAGAUAAUGAAGGCAAUACAGCCUUGCACGUGGCUCAGAUUAGUCGAGCACUGCCUGAUACACUUGCACGGUUGCUUGGUGUUCCAUUAGUGAAUGAUGAUACAGGCAUACAGAUCUCGUGCAUGUUGGUAGAGGCACGUGCUAGUAUAUCUAUAACGAAUAAGAAAGGACAGACGCCGAUUGAUAUGUGUACUGAUGUGGCGACAAAGGAGUUCUUGAAAAGGUUAGCAAAGACAACUUCCACGAAAAAAUUGGAAACGUCACAACGUGGCGUUGUCUUGCCAACCCAUUGGGAUCAAAUGGACAGGUCCGUCCUUAUGAAGAGAAUACCACUAGACAUUACAAAUGGGCUGCUCCAAAAGGAAUUUCAAGGUGUGAAAAACAAGUUUUGCAGAACGCUUCCACAAGCAAGGAUUAUAACAAUCGAACGAGUGCAGAACAAAUUCCUUUGGGAACAUUAUUUCUUCAAGCGAACCCAGAUGGAGACCUUGUAUGGUAAAGGUUGUGCCAACGAACUCGAUUUGUACCAUGGAACAGAGGGCGACAAGGUAGACCUGAUCUGUAACAGCAAUCUAGACCAUAGGCUGGCGGGCGAAAAAGUUGGAACAUUGUUCGGCCAGGGUUCAUACUUUGCGUCCGAUGCCAAGUACUCGGAUGGGUACGCUUCUGCGGAUACAAAUGGGCACAAGUACAUGUUCCAGUGUAGAGUGCUGGCGGGGAAGUGGACGCACGGAGAUCCAAAGUACAAGAGGCCGCCGCCGGUAAAUGACAAAGAUCCAUCUCGGCUCUAUGACUGUUGUGUAGACAGCACGGACAGGCCCAGAAUCUUCUGCCUGUUUGAUAUGAAUCAAUACUAUCCGGAAUAUGUCAUCAAAUAUCAGUAACAUUGUUUAUAAGUUAAGCAACCGGAAGCGUCAUGUGAUAUAAUUAUGUUUUAGUUGCUUCAAUACAUUUCUAUGUUUGAUUUGAGAAACUAUCAUGUUACUUAUUCUGAUUACCACCAUAUCUUGACUGCAUCACUAUUGUUUUCUUACGACUAGCAGCAUAGUAAAUAAGUUUAUUAUAUACCUAUAAAAAUUCUGUAAAAAAAUCGGCUUGUAUUUUACAAUUAAAUAUGAACAGGCAGAAAAAAAUUCCGUAUUGUACCUUUUAAAUUCCGUAUUGUACCCUCCAUAUUGUAUGCUGCCGGAAUACUUUCAUUAAUAUGCAUGACCUGAUACAGUUCUAUAGAUAGCGCACAUAAAAACUUCACUUAGUUCCAAUUUAAUAUCGAUAAACAUUGAAGAUAUUAUUCAAUAACAAAACAACGAAAAAAAGGUAGAGGUAUAUAUUAAAAGGGUCAUUAUAACAGUCUGGGAUUUUGUAUUCGGCUCUCGUGGAUUUUGCAAGGUUGGAUCACACUCGGUGCUUGCGAGUUCACAUUUGCAUACUUAGGUGGCUAUAGGAACAAAAGUAACUGUAUUUUUUCUUUGAUGUCAUUCAUUCCGCAAGGCUUUUAUGUGUUUUUUUUUCUCUUACGUGGCUAAAAGAACAAUAGAGAGAACAAAAGAGUAGCCACAUAAGUAUCCAUAUGUAGGAACGUGCGCCGAUCUGACAAAAAUCCACUUGAGCCGAAUACAGCAUCCCAGAUCUAGCUACUGUUAUAAUAACCCUAUUAUAUCUUUUCAUCACAUGAUGCGAUUUUGCUGUUUUUUUUCUUACAGAUUUGCUUAAAGAAAAAGAUUGCUUAAGCAUAAGUUAUAUUUAAAAAAGUUAGGAGUUAGGAGAGGAAACUUGUACAUGUGCUAACGGAACAGUCAAUUUAAACAAUUAUAUAGGACUAUACGGAUAGUAUGCUAAGGGUUUUAUAUCAGUCUGGUACUGGCAUUAGAAACUAUCUGUUUUAUUACUAAAACGAAAACGAAAACGAAAACGCCAUUGCUUUUAAACUCGGCACUCUAAAGUAAGUUACAAGCACUGUGAGACCUUGUAAUGCUCCCUCCGAAUGACGGCCGCGGGAGCUUUUACAUCGGUUGUACCACCGCAUAACGAUUCCAUUCGAAUAACGCAUUCCAAAGCGAUGUAUCAUAUUUUUAUUAUGUUUAAAAUGUAACUUCCACAUGUCACGGGUUGCUUCGGUGGAGCUAUAUAUGCUGCUUUUUGUGCCGACAUUUGACAUUGUUGUAGUGUUACGGGUGACGGGUUAGUAUUAUGUUAAUGAACGUAUAACGGCAUAAUGUACAUAUACAAGCGAUCAAAAUAUAGCAGAUAGGGCCAGGAGUUUGAGUACUUAAUAAUACGCUAGACUUGUAGUAAUAAUUGAGUUAUUUCCCUUUAAUGGUAAGUUUUGAAUAAAUAUAAUGUUUUAUAAAUGUUUCGUUUAAUGUAAUUGAUGGUAAAUAUUUGACCUACGACACGCAUAAGGCUCCUGGAGGACUUUAUGCGGUUAUGAGAUACGCUCCCCGUGCAGUGUUAUCCGCAUGCUCACAAAGCUCUGAUUACCAUAGCUUUACUGCCUCACUAGUCAGAUGCCUAAAUGUUGGAAAUCUGCAAGUUAUUUUAAGGAAUAACAGGCGGUUAUAUUUUUUGCUCUUUGUUAUUUUGUAUAACAUGUAACUAAAAUGAACAACUUGCAUUGUAUUAAAUGUACAAAGGAA